ACGCCCGAGUGGUUACUAUGCAUUAGGUUUUUGAACAGUAGGAGUGGAGGCCGUCUUGUGUUGCCUAAUUGUGUGUGAAAUCAAAAUGUUAGCCUCAGAAUGGACCUAUGAAGCUCGCUUUGUUGGCGUCGCAGAAUGAGUUUAUAGCUACAACUUAAACCCAACAGUUUAAGUCGAAAGAUGUGGAAACGUGGCAGUCGAAGCUCAGCUCUGGACCGAGCUGAGGCGCUGCUGUCCGCCAAGAGAAACAACAGAGGAGUCGCUGAGUCUGUGCAGGAGUCUGCAGCCAGGCUACGGGCUCUAACAGAUACUGUGGAUGGACAUAGGAUAGCCAGAACUGCGCCCCCAAACACCCAGAUUAUACUCUCAGAUCUGAGCGACCUGUCCUCAGUAAGCUUAUGUCCUGAACCUGAAGCAGCCACUGUGGGCUCUGCUGCUGUUGGGAGGACUAAGGGACCAGAGGAGGGAACCACCAGGGAUGUCAGACCUCAGAGCUCUCUGGGUUUAGGAGGGAGCAGGUUCUUGAAGAAGACUUCACAACCUGCCACCAACAGCAACUAUGAGCCACAACCCAGGUGUGUGUCAUCUUCACAGAGGAGCUCCCAGAAGGCUGCUUUGAAUAAGCUGGCUCAGAUUGAGAGUCGCAUCCGCAGCCGUACACAGGCUCAAGAGCAGGCAGGAUGGGGGUCAAAAUCUGGAGAGAAGCUAACUUCAGAUCUGGAGAUCUCACCACCACCAGCUGCCAAGUCACUGGAGGCCCCUGUGCAACUCUCAGCGAAGUCUAGCAGUGACCAGAGCCUAGGAGGGAAACGUUUCCUCAAGAACACCACUGCUGUUGCUGCUAAAAGCAGUGAUGCUGCUGAUGGUGGUUUCAGGUCCAGGUCAAGAGUAGCUGAAGGUGGUUUCCCUUUAACAAGUUUUAAAACAAAAUCAGUGGGGAGAGUGAGUAGUGUGAAUCUGGAAAGUGAUGAAGAGGACAUGAAGAAGCUGCUUGGGGACUCAUUGGAUUCAAUGGACAACAGCUUCUCAAUACCAGUGAGGCCCUCCUCCGAAAGGACAGCAAACAAGAUGUUGAACAAAAGAAGUCCGAAUGUGGACCCCACUGCUGCUACAUCCUCCUCCAUCACAGUCCCCCCUCGCUCUCCUGGCUCUCCUUCUUGCCGCAGUUCUCCAUUCCGUUUCACCGGCCAGGCUAAGGCCCACUUCAGUCCCUCUGUGCUCUCCCUGUCCCCCUCUCCGCCAAGACAGGAUUCCUCUCAGAGAGCGGGGAGUCCUCAGCGAUCCCUCUCCUCCAUGUCAGGUCGCAGCGAGGUGAUGUCUCUGGAUGAUCUCUGCCCUUUGCGGUCUAGUGCUCAGGAUCCCCAAAGUGAGAUGAGUGAAGUUUCCACUGAAGACUUCAAAAUAAAUGUGAUGACUUUAGAUGACCUUGUUCCAGCCUUUCUUGGAGUUAAUGAAGAUACACCAGGAGAUAAGAGUGAGGCCAAACAUGGUGCUCUUCAACAGCUGCAGACAAUAAAGGAGCAGAAAGAAGAUGAAAGGCAACAAACAGAGGAAGACUUGGUUGACUACCAAAGUGACUUUGAGAGCGAGAGCAGAAAAGAUCCAGAAAAAAGUGCCAGCCAGGUUUCAGAACACUUACAAGGGCAUGGAGAUGAAGAGGAGGUUAUAUCAGAGGUCAAUGAGCGAUCCUCGGAUUCAGAUGUUCCCCAUGGGAGGACAGAAGAUGAUUACUCAAGCACUUUCUCAGACACAAGUCGCUCUUACACUCCAGGGUCUGCAGACCACAGUCAAACAGUUAGCAGAAGCAGAGACUCCAAAUACUCCAGAUCUUCAGUAUCGAAAGACAGCAGAUCGAGGAGGCGUGAAUCAACUAAAAAGGUUUUAAGGGAGAAAGAAGCACAGACUCAGCCUGAUCCACUGGCUGGCACACUACCUACUGGUAUACCAACUUUGGAUCCAGCAGAGGGCAUGGCUUACACUUAUCCCAGCCCCAUGGUCACUCAUACUCUCAGUGCAGAAAGGGUGGAUGCUCUCAGCACCUUCAAUCCUGCUGCCUUUGCACUCACUGAAAUCCUGAAACAGCAACUUACCAUGAUAAAGUGGUUUAUGGAUAGCAGCAGACAACUUUACCUUAACCAAGUGAAGAGUCUGGGUCCCCCAGACUACAGAUACACCACGCUGGAGGAUACGUUGGAGAACAUUCGCAAACAGAGAUCACCCAAACCCACAUUAGAGGAAGCCAUGGAGGAGGUGAUGAAGGAGAUGAAAGACUUUCAUCACAUCUGACCACUGACUGAGAUUGUCCUUGAUUGCUUAAACACUGUCAUAAACAAAAGACACUUUCCUUAAAGGUACAUUUCGGUAUUGAUGAAGUUGGGUUGUUGAAGGUACUUGGCAAUAGUAGUGGCAUUAGCCUCAGGAGAUUUAAACAGGAUUCGCUUCUCAAACAUUUUCAAUAUAGGGUACAAUUGAGCCAUUAUUUUUUUGGCCCAUUUUUAACUUAAACUUACUAAAUUACACAGAGAAAUUUAUACCCAUCUGCUGCGCUGUUUAUCGUAGCUUCUCCAAGUGCAUCCUGUUUGAAGUGAUAAUUCUUACUAAAAUCACUAGAGGCUAACAGCACUACUAUUGCCAAGUACCUUAUCCAACCCAACUUAAAAAAUACCAAAAUACCACUUUAAGAUGAGUUUUGUACCUUGUUAUUAAAUAAUAUUUUUCUACUAUUAGCAGAAUUAUUUCUUGCAUUUAUCAGUGAAAAGAAUGUGCCACAAAAUUGGUACGCUUUUGUGAAGAAUUGAUCAUACAGUCAUUGUAUAUUCAGGUGUGAAUAUUUGUAUGUUGUAUUAAGACUUGAAUAAGAGCACACCAACCCUGCUGUAAAAAUACAAUGUCACCAUAACAACACUGUUAUUCUACAAGAAGUACUAAUGAAAAAUAUAAAUCGAGAUUUUUUUUCUGUUUUAAAAUAUGUAAACUAUUUAACCAUGAAAGAAGUUUCUGCAAACACUGUCAUUAAACUCUAGAUGUCUGAAACAUAUAUCCUGUCUUUUAAAAAUACUAUGACUCACAGGACAAAUAUCAGUAUUUGAUAUGAUGGAAUCAGAAAAUAGCUUAUAACAUUUUUCUGUUGUUUGGCACAGCACAAUGUAGCUCUUCAUUUUGAAAGAUUAGGCUGAUACCAUACUGACAUGAUCCCACAGACAACCUGUAAACACUCCUGUGAAGGAGUUGUGUUUUCUGUAGGUUCUGGCACCCUCCUGAUGACACAGCAGUACCUCUUAUUGCUUUGUCCCAAACAUGUCUAAGAUUUUUUUUUUUCUGAGUUAAAAUGUCAU